AAACCACGGUGUGAGUUGGUAAAUGAAGAUAAACCCUGAUUGAAAUGGCGUCACUCACGGUACGUGGCUGGGCUCUCUGCGCCGUCUCUCUGCUCAACUUUGGGUUUGUUUUCAUAUCCGGUGCAGACUUUAUUCGGUUUGUUUCAUUUCGAGCAAUUUACCACAACAUCACCGGGGACACGACGCUCUGUCAAGACUCCAUACCAUGGUCGGCGGCCCUGCAGGACAGCUCUGUCCUGGGGUCCCUUGUUGUGGAUGUGGGGCUGCUGGCUCUCUUCAUCGUGCAGCACAGUCUGCUCGCCUGGUCACCUGUCAAACAGGCUCUCCAGUCAGUGCUGGGGGCUCUGAACAGGACAGCAUACUGCUUCACCACUGCGCUGGCACUCCAGAUGUUGAUGCGUUACUGGCAGCCUGUAACUGGCGCCCCCUGUCUGUGGUCAGUGCGUCAUGCACCCUGGAGUAUCUGGUUCCCCCUGCUCUGCUUCAGUCUGCACUUCCUCUGCUGGGCGAUCAUCUGCAGCAUCCUCAUGAUCUUUGAUUACCCUGAGUUUAUGGGCAUCAAACAGGUGUAUUACGAGUGUCUCGGUUUAGGCGACCCCCUGUCUCACAAGUCGCCUCGUGCCCAGCGCUUCCUGUCUCACCUCCGCCACCCGGUGUGUGUGGAGCUGGGCGUCGUGCUGUGGCUCCUGCCGGCCAUGUCCCUGGACAGACUCCUGCUGGCGGGGAGUCUGUCCACCUACCUGGCCCUGGCACACUCUCUGGAUAAACAGGAUUUAGCGUACCUCUGCGUGCAGCUUAACAACAAGCUGCAGCUCUUAGCGGAGCCGCAGCGGGGCAGCGAACACAAGGAGAAGUGAAGUGAAGGUCUUCUUACUGCUGUGAUGUGAAGCUGACUGCUGUCUUAAUACUAACCAGAAAUAUUGUCUAGAAACUGACUUCUAAAUGAGCCUGGUGUCUGCUGUGCUGAACAAGAUGACACAACUUGACACUGUAUUUUUUAAAAGUUUUCUUGUCACUGGAUAUGUGGUUUCAGAAAGGGAAAGAUUUGUUACAAAGGGAGAAUUUAUUCCACAGUUUUUACACAAUUACUAUUCUAUAUUUUUUUUCAGAAUAUCUCUAUAUUCUUCAAUAUUCAAUAUUAUUCAAGCCCAGAGAGGCAAUUGAGAAAAAAUUCAGGUGAUCCAUUUUCUAAAUCUGAUAUAUUUUUUUGCCAGAACAAUUUUUCUACUCCUAUUUCUGUGAAAUAGAAGGGGUUGGGGGGAUAUUUUUUUAAAUCAGUCAAAAGGGUGGAGAAAAAAGUUUGAUAGCCAUUUUAAAGUUUUGCUUUUCACUGUAUAUUGGGUUUCAGAGAGGGUUUUUUUAUAAAAAAGAUUUUAUUCCAUUAUUCAAAAACACAACAUAUAUUUUAUAUUAAGCUUUCUUUAUUUUUAUAUUCUGGUUAAAUUCAGGAAUAAAUAUUCAAUAAUGUUAUCAGAAUUUACACAAAACGAUUAAUUGGAAAAUUUAAUUUCAUGUCCAAAAUUGAUGUUAUAUGUAAACUUUUCCAAUUGUACCCCAAAUAUUAUACAAUAUAUAUACAAUACACUGAAAUACUUUUAUUUGUCACAUAUGUUAUUUUUUUGAGACUGUUAAAUUCCAUGUGCCAACUGCAGGUACACUGAAUUUCUCUGCACACUAAUUUCAAGUUUAAUUCAUGAAAAAUCUAUGAAAAAGAAUGUCAAAAUGGUACAAAAAGGCAGCUUUGUUUUCCGCAACAAUGGUACGUCUGAGACCAUGAAUGUAUUUCCUCGUGUUGGGGACACAUCAACAGUAAUGUCACGAACAAACAUUUGGUAUUUUGUGCCUUUUUCUACAUGUCAAACUUCAAAGUACUGUCAUAUUUCAUUUAACACGUACAUAGUAUUAGUUGUCUGCACUGUAACGACAAUCAUAACUUUCAGUAUUUUCACAUGAAAUAAAUGUAAUAAGCUGAAUACUGUAAGUGUGGGAAAUGUUUAUUACUUAUCUUUAUUCGUGCAUUCUCAUCAGAUGUGUUCUUUAUUUUUUAAUAGACAAAUCAGUUUAAUAAAUUGUUUUUGGUUUAUUUGCACUCUUUACAUUAACAUUAACUUUAGUCACUGGUGUUUUUUAUAUAUGGGAUGUCAAGGUGUCACACUGCUUGAUUGUUUGUGGAAGAAUAUAACAAAGAUUUAGUUUUAAUAAACAAAACCUUUGGACCCACA